UUUGGUGACAAGAGAGUGGGCAGAGAGUGUUUUCUGAAGUGUAACUAAGGGCCAGCAGCAUCUACUAGGACCGAGAUGACAAUUACAGUCCCGUUUGACAGUCCACAUGAGCGUCUCCAAACCCCCACCGCCCCCCUCCACCUCCCACCUGACCAUCCCUCCUUCCUCCACCUCCACCCCUUCCUCAUCCGCCUCCUCCCCCUCGGCGACGCCCCACUCCUCCGGUCCCCCCCCUCCCUCGCCGGUCAAAAUCUCUAUGCAGGAGCACUUUGCCAUCAACGUGUGCCCGGGCCCGAUCCUCCCCAUCCCACAGAUCUCAGACUUCUUCCCACGUUUUCACGACUACCCCUGCACGCCACCGCCUCCGAGGGAGAAGAAGAUCCUAAAAGAGGAGACUUUCAACGGGGAGACGGGCGGAGGAUACAAGGAUGGAGAGAGGAGGGGGGACAACGAUGGAGACAGGGAGGAGGCGAUCGACUCUGAUGAUGACGACACCUACCUGGGAACGCUGGAGUUCACCCUGCUCUUUGAUCAAGAGAACAACUGUCUUCAUUGUACUAUUCACAAGGCAAAGGGACUGAAAGCCAUGGACUCCAAUGGACUGGCCGAUCCAUACGUCAAGCUUCAUCUUCUCCCCGGGGCUAGCAAGGCAAACAAGCUACGCACAAAAACCCUGAAGAAUACGCUGAACCCAGUGUGGAACGAAACACUGAUAUAUCAUGGCAUCACAGCAGCUGACAUGACCACCAAGACGCUCAGGCUGUGUGUGUGUGACAUGGACAGACUCGGACGAAAUGAAUUCAUCGGAGAGGUUAGAGUGGCUCUGAAGAAACUGAAAGAGGGCGAGAACAAGCGCUACAAUAUGGGCCUGGAGAGAAUUGCACAGAAUAAAGAAACGAACAAUCAAACGGUGGAGCAGGGAGCUGUCGUAGCAGAGGAGGAGCGUGGCCGCAUCCUGGUGUCACUGUGCUAUAACACAGAAAAGGGCUGCCUGCUGGUUGGGAUCAUUCGCUGCGCCCAUCUGGCCGCCAUGGACUCCAACGGCUACUCUGACCCCUUCGUCAAAAUCAUCUUGCAGCCAGAUAUGGGGAAAAAGUCCAAGAACAAGACUACAGUCAAGAAAAAGACUCUCAACCCAGAAUUCAAUGAGGAGUUUUCAUAUGAAAUUACCCUGGACCAGCUGGCAAAGAAAACCCUGGAGAUCACUGUGUGGGACUACGACUUGGGAAUGAGCAACGACUUCAUAGGUGGAAUAGAGCUGGGCAUCAAUGCAAGCGGACAGAGACUCAGACACUGGUUCGACUGUCUCAAAAACAAAGGGAAGAAAGUGGAGUACUGGCAUACGCUCACACAGCAAGGAGCCCCGAGCAGUGACAAACCGGACUAGAUUACACAAGACAUUCAUGCAUACAAACACACAAACACACGCACGAAAGACACACACAUACAGUACAUACAUUUGUCUCACUGGAAGAUGGUUGAUAACGGAGACCAAGUAAAGCAGUAAUAAGAGUAAAGGAUAAAACAUGCAAUAAUAAUGUUAAAUAUAAUAAUUUAACGCCAAUAAUUACUGCACCAAGUAUUAGUAUAUGAUAUUCAUACUAAUAUUAAUGACGGUAAGAAGGUGUAAUCUGAUUUUUUUUUUUUUUUUUAAGGUGAACCAAAUUGUGACGAUGUCCUCAUUAAAGUGUUGACGUAACAAAACAAUACUCACAAAAUUGUGCUUUAGACCUUACUGUAUUGUGGAAGUCACUCAUAUUCUGUCAUUGAAAUUUACACCUAAUGAAGAAAUUUGAGAUUAAUGUACUCAAAAUUCAUUCAGUGAAAGGCGCCAAAAGUGUGUGCACGCUAGUGACUCAUAAUGUGGUAUAUAGUUGCCAGAGAGGGAAUGUUAUAAAAGGGUGAUUCUGUCCUGAGAAGUUUCUUUUUUAGUGGUCUGAUGCAAAACAACACACCGUAUUAUAAAGCACAAAAUGAUCCAUUUGGUGGAUUUGUACCUUUACCGUUUCAGUGUUCUUGUUCUUGUCUCUCAUUGUCUUUAAGUGACAGUGGCUUUCUAUACACCUUCAUUUCAGACAUUAAUGUGUCGGUAUAUGUGUGUGUGAAUGUGUGUAUGAGGGCUAUGAGAAUAUGAGUGCCUACAUUUUCUGUCUGUGCUGUGUGUGAGUCUAUCUGUAUUCACGUCACGCCCCAUUCAAAAUGUCUCCAUCCAACUUCAGAAGCACAGAGGUGUGAGGAAAUAUUAACAAAGGACAAGAAAGACACACACAAGAGAGAAAUCCUCCGCCGGCGCCGCCACAGGCCUCAGUGGUGUGAGCGUUCCUGGCUGGGGGACACUGACAAGCUGUCAAUCAUGUGUGCCAGACCCUCAUUGCCAGACAGUCAUAGAGCAACCUAAAGAAUGGAAUAUAUCCUGAUGCGUAACCUCUGACUGCCCUUUUUGACUUUCCCAAUCAAAGGCUGAAUGGAUAUUGCUUUUGGAGGUGCGUUUGUACCUUCCCUUUGCUGCGGCUUCAUGAACCAGAUUCUGAUAGGAUCCAAGCAGGUUUACCUCAGCGACUCCAAUUCUGCUCCAACAGUCACAGAUGAUGCAACAUUUUCUUCCAGUGUGGCAAUAUUGCAGCAGUCAUGUAUUAAUCUGAAAAUGCAGACAUGUGAUUGGUCCUGUUAUCUGAUUUAUGAAAAUUGGGGUGCCCAAAAGCUUGAACAUUUCUCCUAUUUUACCUUUGUACACCCUCAGACUUAAGGAUCUAAAAAGUUGUAAAAGAAUUUGGUUGAAAAACAUUCUCACUACCAACGGGUCAAAUACAGACACUUGGUCAAUGCCCCUUGGCCUCAAAUAUGGAUGCACAAGCCUCCCUUUCACUUUUGUAUGAAACGCACCAGGCUUUGGACAAGAUCAACUGUACAUCCAUGUAUGUCUUUAUCAGACCCUGAGAGCAACUAACAUAAUAUAAAGAUUAUGAAAGUCUGUUUUGCAGUUGUGGUGGAUGGUUAAAAAAACUGGACUUUACCAAAAGUCAACACUGUUAAGUUAACCUGUAAUUUAACCUCCAAGCAACAUCAAUUUACCUACAUAACUGAAUCCAGCAGUUAUCCACAGAAGUAGCUAUUUAAAUACAAACCCUGAGCAGCUACAAUUUUCUGUUGGGUUUGGAGGCCCCUGUGGACAAAAGCAAAUGUCUCCAUGACCACCAGACUUCUGUUAAAAAACCUAUCCUUUAACUGCAGCAUAACUUGACAGUUAUGCCCCGCUCAACCCUGAUUCUAGUUUUUCAAUUCAUCCCUUUCCUCCAGCGCACCCAGCAAAAAAGGACAGCUUAGGCCUCCAGCGGCGUGGUGUCUGCUCCUCGGCAGCAGGCAGAGCAGCCGGCAAAGCUUUCACCUCCCAGCUGCAAGUCAAAGGUGGCAGCAACCAGAUCUGGGUCUGUCCACAGCAGACUGGUUGCUGCCAGAGGCCCGCUAAAGAGUCUUGUCUAAAGGAGGUUCUGGAGAACCUGCAUGCUUUCAUCUGAUUUUGACAAAAUCAGACCUGAUGGCAACAUGGCAGGGUUUAAGAAUAACCAUAAAAAAAUAGCCAAUUUUCAAGACUGAUGGUCUUGAUUGCUUAUGUAGAUCAUAUAGAGGCAUCAACACUAGGUUAAGACUUUUUUUGAGAGUUUUGUAACCAGUUAAAAGUUCCUAGUUAUUGCUGUGAACACAGAAGUUUAUUUUAAAAAAGCCGCUUUCUAUGUAAUGAGCAGAAAGUGACACGCCAUCCCUGACACAUCAAAAACUGACACUAGACGGGUACAUAGAGUGUGCUAUUCUGAAGCAAAGAGCCACUGACCAAGCAUCUGCAUUUGCUAGUCGGGUGUGGGAAUGUUUUGGAGAUCUACACCGACCAUUAGAGGGAGUCAUUGCUGUGAUUAAUGUUGCAAUCAUCUCAUUACUUCUGACCUAUUAAAUAUCAGUUCUCGUGGCAUAUAUUCUGUCACUGGGACUACUAUGCUCCUGUCUGUGACGCAGGAUUACCUCCUGAGAUAAACUGUGUGCAGUUAGCAGAAAUGCCCCUCCAACCCCCUCCUACAUUUUAACCUCAGGAGGUAAAAUGGGAUUUCACACAGCAUGCAUGGCAGCAGGGGACAGUGGAUAAUCACAAGCCAGGAUCCAAGAUAGUGAAAAGCUACUAAUGCACACUUAACCUUCAUGUCUGUUGCGAUGCACAUCUCUGCAUAUCGAUGGUGUUUAUGGGCCAGACUAUCGCAGAAUCGUCUGACUGCCUGCCAGGAUAUCAAAUGUACUCCCCCCGGUUCAUCUAUCACUACAGCUCUGGCCAUACACCGGUUCACAAAAGCACACCCACAGUCGGUCAGUGGCCUCCGGGAGUUUUUCUAACUGUUGAAUCGAUCCGGCUGCUCAUAUUCUUGGUGUCCUUCAACAACCUUGUGAAUGUCUCAUCGUUGACUGCAAAAAAUGGAUCCUUCAGUGGUGAAUUAGGUUUAGAUUUUAAAAAAAAGGGCUUGGGCAUUAUUGAAGCUUGGAACUAAACCAUGUGGAGAAACCGUAAGCUUAAACACAUUUUCAGUUAGACCUUAAAGAGAGGUUUGGGCAAUGUUUAUUCUGUACUAUGCACAUCAGAAGUCCCAGCACGUCGGCAGUGAGAUAAUCAAACCAAAACAACAUUAUGUUAUCCAGGCAUCAAAGAUGCAUUUCUGGGAAUACUCAGUAUUUUGAUUGGGGCUAGGCUGGGUGACAGUGAUCUAAUAGAGUUCACAUUUCAGGCUGGAUGGUUGCUUAUUCCUUUCUCUGGAUCUGCUGGUUUUGUUUACAGUCACCAAAUUUUCUGACUCUUGUCUAUUGACCCCGCUUUGCUUAUGUAAUCAUUUUAUCUGCAAUACAGCUGCAUGUUUAGCAAUCACUAUCAGCUUGUAUAGAGUGCAACCAUAGCUGAUCAUUCUGAAUGCUGAU